GCAUUAAAGAACUUUGUUUAUGUUUUACAAUUUAUAUGCUUUCAAAUAUUUUUUAAAUAUGAUUAUUUAGAAUAUAGUUAAGAUUCUAUAAGUCUAGAAAUACAAUGUAUAGUAUUGAGAUCGAUUAACAAUAUAAAAUAAUAAGGAAUUCUGUUAGUACCAUGGAUGUAACUAAUAUGUGCAGAGGAUGUAUGCAAAAAGUGUCAUGUGAUGAGGAAAAAUCUACUAGAAUCGUGGAAAUGUUUUGUUAUUGUACUAAUAUUUCGAUAUCAGAAGAUGAAAAUUUACCAAAACGUUUCUGUUAUGAAUGCAGAAAAGAUAUAGAAUUAGCAUUUACAUUCAUAAAAAAGGCUCAAAAUGUAAAUGUAACUCUCAAAAAUAUCACUUCAAGAAAUACAAGUGUUAUUGUACCAAAUAAACAUAAAGACAUCCCUAUGAUAUUAACUUUACCCAAUUACAAGUUAUGUGUAGGUGUAACUAAUGUAAAUCAAAAUACAAUUAUUACAAAUUCUAGUCAAUUAAAUAAUGAAAAUUAUUUUGAAAAAUUAAAUGAAAUAAGAAAUGAUAUAAUCAUAGAAGAUGAAACAAUAUCAAACAAAACCAAAGAAGUAAAUACAGAUGAAAAUAAACCACAUUGCUGUCCCGUUUGCAAAAGGAGUUUUAUGUUUAAGUAUUGGUUAUCAAAACAUAUGGAGGAUGAGUGCUCUGGCCAGGAAUUUGUAUGUGACAUUUGUAAUCAAAAGUUCAUAAAAAAAUCUAAAUUAGCACAGCAUCUACAAAUUCAUACAAAAGACUGCAACUACUCAUGCAGUAUGUGUGGCAGACACUACAAAAGACGGAGAUAUUUAACAUCGCAUCUAAAGACACAUUCUCUUGAUAGACCUUAUGCUUGCGAAAAAUGUCCUAAAAAGUUUAAAUUGAAAAAAAUACUAAUAAGCCAUAUAAAAACACAUGAUGUUGUAAAACAAUAUCUUUGCUCUAUCUGUGGUUGGAGCAGCAAUCUUUCGGGCAACUUACAGACUCAUCUAAAUACACACACGGGGGCGAAGCCCUACGCCUGUCGAACUUGCGGCUUUCGCACGGCAGCGCCUAACUCGCUCCGGAGCCACGAACUACGUCAUAUCCAGCGGCGUCCAUACGCGUGUACUUGUGGGAAGGCUUUCUAUGACUCUAGUGCACUUAAACGACACAGCCGCACGCACACUGGCGAACUGCCAUACAAAUGUGCGUUGUGUUCGCGCGCCUUUCUCGACAGUUGGAAGCGAAAAACUCACCUUAUACGGGCCCACGGAUUGGCAUUGGAGGAUAUACCACGAAUGCGGAAAGAUGGGGCGACGUAUUAAUAGUAAUUUACUGUUGCUUUAUUUAUAUAUAAAAUCUUACCUAUCUUAUAAAAAAAAUUCGCAACUGUAUUAUAAAUAGUUGUUCAGUACACUUGCGGAAUCUUCAUUGGAACUUUUUCCGACAGUCAACCCUCACCUUUUUUCCAAAUGCCGAAUUUCGGAACUCUUUGCAAUGACCGGCUAAAAUAGCCAAGGCUUAGUGUAAGAAAAAUCAAUAAUUAAUAAGAUAAAUAAUAAUAGUAAGAUAUAGGGGGAUAAGAUGAAUAUUUAGACUUUUCGUCUUAUGCUUGGGGUUUGAUACAAGAAAAAAUUUCAUCACAGUCAUAUAUUUCAAUUAUUAUAAUUUCUAACAAUAAAUCGUACAUUGUCAAAUAGAUUAACAAAUACAUACAGAUGGAAAGUAAGGUUAUUUAUUAUACACAGUGAAUCACAGAAUACCAUGACAAAAUAUUUGCUUCUAAAAGUCAAAUUUGUUUCAGAAUUUUUACCAUUUUGCAAAAAAAAAUCUAUGGUUUGACUAUUUCUCCGCGACUUCGUUUUUUUUUUUCAAACAAUUUGUCCUACGCGAACAUUUCCGAGAUAGUCGCCUAUAUUACAAAAAAUUCAAUUAAAAUAUAUAUAUAUUUUUACAUAUUGCGUUUACGCUAUCAUGAAAAGGGUCAACAGUGAUUUCCCAAAUUAUCAAUGAUUAUAGGUAUUUUAUACACUUAUGAACAUAUUUUUUGUUCCUUAUUUAUAACUGCCACAAAUCAAGAACAUAGAACAGACAAACUGACCAUAACUCUCCUGCUUUUAAACCAAGUGUUCAUUUUAACUAUAUCUACCUAAUAUAACAUUAUACAAAUGUAAACAAUGUAUGUAACGAGUGUAUUGAUAACACUACAUAUAUUUUGUCAAAAGUUUCUGUGCUAUAGAGAAUAUACAUGCAUCCAACAAUAAUCUAUAAUUAUUUCAGUUUUAAACCGGAAAAUAUCAUAAUAUAAUCUAUGGUCUAUAUAAUGUCCUCAAAUUAUAUACCAUCAGUACUAAAAACGAUUGUUGACGAAAUGAUAGCCGCAAAAAAACAGGAAUAGAACCUGCAUUUAAUAGUUAUGUAGAACCUACGAAGUUAUUCCGCCUAAGGAUAUAUACAACUCUGGACCUUACGGUAGCCUUCGGGCUAGUCAAUGGCUAGACUGGUCAAGGAUGCCCCCUUUGGGUCGGAGGGGAAGAGCACAACUUUUCUUAAUAACACCAUCUUCAAACCUAAAACUCUUCUCAUCAAGAAGAUUGCUCAUUGCUAUGGGCUACGCUGUUCCGAAAGAGUCCAUGAAUUC